CAUCACACCGGCUGGACAUCUUUCAGUGGGGUUUUGUCCGCAUCACAGUGUCUGCAGGAGAGAUGCUGUCUGUAUUUGUGUUCCUGCUCUUGCGCAUUGACGCCUCCAUCACACAUCCAACAUCCACGGGUGAGGUGUGUGAGCCGGUUACAUGUGAGAACGGUGCUGACUGUCCCACUGCACCCGCUGAUGAAAAUAUUUUGUCAUCAGGAUGGGAAGAACCAGCGGUCAUCGGACCCUGCCGUCCGAACCCGUGUCACAACGGAGCCGCGUGUGAGGUCAGCGAGACGUAUCGAGGCGACACUUUUAUUGGAUAUGUCUGCAGGUGUCUACCUGGAUUUGAAGGUGUUCACUGCCAACACAACGUCAAUGAGUGUGAGAGAAAUCCGUGCAGGAACGGAGGCAGCUGUACAGAUCUGCGGGCCAACUACACCUGUCAAUGUCCCGCUGAAUACAUGGGGAGAAACUGUCAGUACAAAUGUUCUGGACCUCUUGGGAUGGAGGGCGGGAUCAUUUCAAACCAGCAGAUCACAGCCUCGUCCACACAUCGAGCUCUGUUCGGUCUGCAGAAGUGGUUUCCGUACUUCGCUCGACUAAACAAGAAGGGUCUUGUCAAUGCCUGGAGCUCUGCUGAAGGAGAUCGAUAUCCAUGGAUUCAGAUCAAUCUCCAGCGGCCAAUGAGAGUGACCGGUCUGAUAACACAAGGAGCCAAGCGUCUCGGGAGUCCCGAGUAUGUCAAGUCAUAUAAAGUAGCGUAUAGUGAGGACGGGACGGCCUGGAGCAUGUUUAAAAUGAAGGACACACAUGAGGACCUGAUAUUCAGUGGAAACACAGAUAACAGCAGUCCCUCCGCCAGCUCCUUCAGUCCUCACAUUCAAGCUCAGUACAUCAGAAUUUACCCACAAGUCUGUAGAAAACACUGCACGCUGCGUCUGGAGCUGCUGGGAUGUGAGCUCACAGGAUGCUCGGAGCCGAUGGGGAUGAAGAGUGGACACAUUCAGGAUGAUCAGAUCUCCUCCUCCAGUGUGUUUCAUACCCUCAACAUGGACAUGUUCUCCUGGGAACCCUCCAAAGCCAGACUGGACAAACAGGGCAAAGUCAACGCGUGGACGUCCGCUCACAACGACCAAUCACAGUGGCUGCAGGUCGAUUUUUUAAAUCCCACUAAAAUCACAGGAAUCAUCACACAGGGAGCCAAAGACUUUGGUCAUGUGCAGUUUGUUGGAUCUUAUAAAGUGGCGUUCAGUGAUGAUGGAGAACAGUGGCUCAUAUAUCAGGAUGAGAGACAGCAGAAGGAUAAGAUCUUCCAAGGAAACUUCGACAAUGAAACCCACAGAAAGAACGUGAUGGACCCGCCGAUAUUUGCCCGAUUCAUCCGGAUUCUGCCGUGGUCGUGGUACGGACGCAUCACUCUGAGGGCGGAGCUUCUGGGUUGUCCAGAGGAACAGUGACUGUCUUCCAAACAUUUCAAUACAAUUGAAUCUUUGAUUAGAAAACUCUUUUGAAUACAUUUAAUGCUACUUUUAUGAGGAUUGUGAUGAAUUUCUCACGCUGUAAACUAUCACAAGGCUUUCUGAAUGUUACACUAAAUAAUCAUUAUUUUAGGUUGUGAAGAUAGUGAAAGCGCUCAGGUUUUGGAUUUGAAAGGUAAUAAGGAUUGUAAACUACAUGGUGAACAUUUUUUAUUUAUUCAAGUCAAGCUCAAAGAAUGGAUAGUUACCAUUUCAUAAAAACAUCUUUGUCUUUUUGGAAUUAACCCGAGUUCUGCUCUAUAUUUAGUUUUCAUUGAAUAUUCUUUCACUCAGGAUCAUAUCUUGACUCGUUCAAACUACAAACUCUUUGUCUUUUUUUUUAUUCUGUAUAUAUAGAAAUAUGCUAUGAAUCAAGUGUUCUUAUACUGUAAGCAUAUGUACUGGAUUUCUAUUUCUCAUGACAGGACCGAUUCAGUAUUUAACAGACGGGAGUGUAUACUGUACUUACAGUGGUUCUCAACACUUUAAAAAUAAAACUGUGAAAUGGUUGUGGCAGAAUUUUGUUCAUGUAUAUCUAAUCA